AUCGAUACAGUCGCGUCAGUCAGACGCGAGGCAACCUCCAAGGCUGAUAGUAUUAACGGCUUCUUGUUCAAUCGACAAUCAUGGCGGGAGACUCCGGAAAGAUGAAACUGUACUGGUAUCCUGAAUACAGGUCUGUGCGACCGAUAUGGCUUAUCAAAGAACUUGAGGCGGAGCAAGACUUUGAGCUGGUGCGCUUCUUUCCCGGUGGCGAUGCGGCUCAUGACGCCGCCUACCGCAAGGACGUCCACCCCCAUUGCACAAUCCCGGCUCUGGUUGUUCCUGGACACAUUCCCAUCCUAGAGUCGGGAGCCAUCUGUAUGUACCUCGCCGACCGAUACGGCAAGCUCCUGCCGGAGCCCAAAGACAAAGAAGAUUACUACAGCUUCAUGCUCUACACCACGGCCACCUUAGACGGAAUUUUGGACUUCUUCUUCGAACUGUACGGCAUGAACAAGACCUUCACCGACGAGAAGGUGCAGCAGAUGACAGAUAAGUUAAACGCCGGCUUCGACUUCAUCUCGAGAAGACUGCAGGGAAGACAAUUCAUCUGUGGAGACAAAUUCACUGCUGUUGACUGCGUCUUUGGCUACAUCAUCUACUACGCAAUGGUUUUGAAGGAUGGAGCGCUGCUUAAAAACCACCCCGUGCUCCUGGAGUACCGCGACCGUAUCCAGAAGCGGCCACACUACCAGGCCACUAUCAAUAUGAAGUAGAACCCAAACCCUAGUCACGCUGUGUCACCUACCACUUAACAUUCUCAGUUUUGUAAGAGACAAUCACAAAUAGAUUACUGCUUUAAGACAGUACAACACAUUCUUUUUAAAACAUCGUAGUUUUUUCAGUUGAUUGUAAACAUCCUAUUUUACUGUUAUAGGAUAUUUACUGAUUCUUUAUCAAUAUUUAUUAUGUGAUAAAGAUUUAGUGCAUAAUAAAGAUUUGUUUUGUAAACGCA